AUGGCUGAAAAAACGUUUAAUUCUAAUGAUUAUGAAAUACAAACGUCUGAAAAUAAUCAAUCAUCAAAUUUACAUGAAUUUCGAGAAAUGAUGGAUGUCGCACUCAAUUUAGAUGUAUCAGCUGAUACGAAUAAUGAUGAAACAUCUAUUGAUGAACAAAGUAUUAAUCAAGCUUUAUUAUCAUUAGAUAUUUGUGAUGAUAAUCGACAAAUAAAUAGAAUUCAUACUAAUACAGCUGUUUCAGUUGCAGAAUUACCUAGUGGUAUAACUGAUAGUCUUAAUGUAGCUGCAAAACAAUUAUCUUUACUUUAUGAAAGUGUUGUUAAUGUAACAACAACUGAACAAGAGGAAGAUUCUUUUGAAGAUACACCUGAAAGAGAAGAUGAAAUUGCUAGUAGUUUUGUUAAACCAUGUUCAGAACAACAAAGAGUUCAAUUUCAAUCUUCAUCAACUACUCCUAAACCAACAACUCAUACAAUGACAAGUGGUAAUCAACAACAAAAACGACAUAUUAUGAUAAGUUAUAAUCGUUCAUCACGCGAAACAUGUCAGAAAAUUUAUGAUCGUCUUGUGGAAAGAAAUUAUAAAGUUUGGAUGGAUUUAACAGAUAUGGGUGAUGAUAUACUUGUUAGUAUGGCUCGAGCUGUAGAAGAUUCUUAUAUUGUACUUCUUUGUAUUAAUCAAAAAUACUAUGAAAGUGAUUAUUGUCGAUUAGAAGCUGAAUAUGCAGCUGAAAAUCGAAUUAAAUUUAUUCCAUGUUUAAUGGAACAAUCUUUUCGUGCUCAAAGUUGGUUGGGUAUUAUAAAAGAAUUAAUUCGUCAAAUAACAUAUGUUGAAAAAAAAUUAUCAUUACAACCUCGUCGUACUCCUGCACCUUCUUCAAUGGUAAAUCCAAUGAAAUUAGUAUCAAUGUCUACAUCACAUGCAACAGCAGCAACACAUACAAAUGAUGUAAAUUCUCGUCGUUUUGAUGAUAUUAUUCGUGAAUAUAAACAAUCAAUAAAGAAAAAACGACAUCAAUUAACUCGAUUAAAACGAAACGAAUUAUCAGAUCUUAUUGUUAAACUUCGUCAAGAGUUAUUUACUGAAACAUCACAAGUAUUAACAGAUAGUGAUAGAUCAGACGAAGAAGAUGAAAAACAACAUAAUGAUAAUCACCUUUUAGAACAACUUUUAGGUCGAACAUUAGAUCAAAAUGAUUUAUUAUUAAGAUUAGUUGAUCGUUUAACAACACCACAACCUACACAACAGAAUAAUACACAUAAUUUAGAUAUCAAUGCAAUUUUCAAAGUAAUAUUGGCUAUUAUGCUUCUAUGGGCGUUACAUUUAUUAUAUCGUAAAGAAUAA